AUGGAUCCCAAGCUCGGCACCGAGAGCUGCCGAAGCUUGCACAAAAGCCGUGUUAAUUUCAUAAUUGCCAACUACAAGCGGCCGAUCCUUUGCGAUCACCUGCCUAAAAUACGGACCCCUUGUCAGGGAACCACACACCACGUUGACGGUUGGUCAUCAACAAGCCGUACCCAUUUCUCUCCGAUCCCGACGAUGUGGACAGAGUGGGACGGGGCGAGACAGUGUUGCAGUCCGACUGGCUGCUUGCGUACUACGGUACGGAGCAAAGAGAAGAACAAGUCGAGAAGGACAGAAAAGGAGGGAACAAUUUCAGUGGAACAGCCAACAUCCCACAUCACUGCGUUUCGGCCCCCUUCUGAUAGUGGAGCUGAAUCACCGCCCAGCGUCUGUCAGGCAGUGGAUGCUACCGUCUUGUGCCCAUACUCUGCAUGUCGAUAG